AUGGGGGACUUGGAGCUCGAGACGCUUUCGGGUUGGGGAGAACGCGGCAAGAACGGAUUAGAAAGAGAGAGCCGCCUGCAUGUACCCUUCAAUUGGACGACGGCACCAGAUGACUUUGAGGAACUGGGAGAUAGCCUGGAACCUGAGCCGACCAGGGUGAUCCUUGUCGCAAGGAUGCGAAACUUCGUGCUCUUUUUUCAGAUGGUUGACGUACUUGUGUUGCAGCACGAGGGCACAACACUGGCGUACGCUUUUAUACAGAUGCCGAGCAAAGGUGGAUCGACAACGACGACAGGUAAGCUAUUGAUGGAGUGUAUGUGA